AUGCCUCCCGCCCCGAGAUCUUCUCGUGCAAAGGGCCAGAAGUCCAUCACUUCGUUCUUUGCGAAACCCAAGAAGGCUGGCGAGUCUAGCAAGGCUCAAGACGACAAGCCGGAUGAUGACACACCCUCCGACGACAAGCUAGUGGACGAUACUGUCGACGACGCUUCCGACCAGGAGGCUACCGCAGAUGGAGAUGGCGAGGUUGCAAAGGGAAGCUCCAUAGAGAACUCUGACCUGCCUCCCAUUCACGACAUCCCCGCGAUCUUCUCCGACCUCGUCUCUCGUAUUCCCGAAAUCCAGGACGUCGCAGAGCACCUGAAGGGGAGGAAGAUGCGCGUCGCGACCAUGUGUUCCGGCACAGAGUCCCCUCUUCUUGCGCUGAAUCUCGUUCAGCGAUAUAUUCUUGCACAUUUCGGCGUGUCGCUUGAUUACGAACACGUCUUCUCCUGCGAGAUCGAGCCUUUCAAGCAGGCCUACAUCGAGCGCAACUUCCAACCGCCCCUCCUCUUCCGUGAUGUCUGUGAGCUUGGCGACGACGAAGCCACCACCGCAUACGGAGCACUCGCUCCGGUACCCGGUGACGUCGACUUGCUCGUCGCGGGUACAUCCUGCGUCGACUAUUCCAACCUCAACAACGAGAAGCAGGACAUCGACGCAAACGGCGAGUCCGGCCGUACCUUCCGCGGCAUGAUGUCCUGGGUCAAGAACCACCGGCCCCCGCUCGUCAUCCUCGAGAAUGUCUGCGGCGCGCCGUGGGAGCGCGUCGUCGACUACUUCGAGCGGACCGACUACUCCGCCAGCUACCUCCGCGUCGACACCAAGACCUUCUACAUUCCGCACACGCGCACCCGCGUCUACCUCCUCGCCGUCGACAAGAAGCACUCCAGGAUGCCCGACGAGUGGAAGGCGAAGAUCCAGGAGCUUAAGCGGCCCGCGUCUUCGACCCUGGACGCGUUCCUCCUGCCCACCGACGACCCGCGUAUCCACCAGGCGCGCCAGAAGCUCGCAAACGAGGCGUACAACACCGUCGGCGGCACGCGCGGCCGCACCGACUGGGGUCGCUGCGAGAGUCGGCACCAGCGCGCCCGACUCGAAGAACAGCUGGGCACGAAGCGUCCGUUGACCAGCUGGGAAGAGGGCGGUUUCUGCAAGCUCCCCGACUUCGCGUGGAACGACUGGGGCAUCGGCCAAGUCGAGCGCGUCUGGGACCUGAUGGACAUCAGCCUCCUCCGGUCCGCGAAGAAGGGCGUCGACCCCUCCUUCAAGACCCAAGUAUGGAACCUCUCCCAAAACGUCGACCGCUCGACCGGCUCGUCGAAGCCCGGCAUCUGCCCGUGCCUCACGCCCACCAUGAUCCCGUACAUCACGAACCGCGGCGGGCCGAUGGUCGGCCUCGAGGCGCUCUCGAUGCAGGGCCUCCCCGUGAACGAGCUCCUGCUCACGCGCGAGACCGAGGACCAGCUCGCGGACCUCGCGGGCAACGCGAUGUCCACGACCGUCGUCGGCGCGUGCAUGCUCGCCGCGCUCGUCGUCGGCCGCCGGCUGCUCAAGGCGGGCGACGAGAGCCGCACGUACGAGCAGGUCCGCGAGGACUGUAUGGUCGAGGACGACGGGGCCGCGCCGAGCGGGAGGAAGACGGAAGAAGACGAGGACGAGGUGAUGGAGGUCGACCCGCCCGCGGACGACGUCGAGGCGCACGUCACGGGCGAGGAGCAGCUGCUGCAGCGCCCGCUGAACCUCGCGGCGGCGGCGUCGCAGCUGUCGUUGCAGGGCAUCCUUGAGGAGGCGCAGCGCUCGGCGAGGUUGUGCAGCUGUGAGGGACGGAAGGACAUGACGGACCGGACGCUCAACCGCUGUGUGGACUGCGACUCGACGUCGUGUGUCAAGUGUGGAGGGAGGCCGGAGCACAACUAUCAGCCUAUUGAUCUGAAGGCGCACCCGAGGCUCUCGCCGUCGACGUUCGAGAAGGGCUUGAAGGCGCUCCUCCCUAUGUCGCUUACCCUCUCCGGUGUCAGCAAGGCCGCGCUCAACGCCGCGGCCCAGUCCCACGACGUCGAUACCUCCUCGUCCCGCUUUACCGAAUGGCGGGCGGCGGUCCUCCGCGCGGCCGAGAAGGAGCUCCGCUUCGUCGAGCCCAAGCGCCAGGAGACGUGGUCGGUCGUCUACCAGUCGCCCACCGCCAAGCUCGAGCUCUCCCUGCACCCGCAGCAGCCGCAAUGGCGCCUCUUCGCGCUCCCCGAGGACAGCGCGCCCGCGAACGCGGAGAUCCGGCGCGUGCUCGAGCUCCCCGUGGGCCGCUUCGCGUGCACGACCGCGCUGUUCGCGGGCACGUGGGAGUGGGCGCUGCCGAGCGUCGCGAAGGUCGAAGUCGAGAUCGAGGGCAGCGGCGAGCUCGUGCCCGCCUGGGAGCAGAAGCUCGGCCUGCUGGGCGACGAGUUCAAGAGCCGGAUGGUGCACGCGCGGCUCGACGUGCGCGUCCCUGCGGGUGCGGCGGCGGCGCUGUUCGACCGCGAUGUGAGCGGGACGUAUACGCUCAUCGACAGGUGCGGCACGGCGAACGCGGGGCUGCACCGGCGCGCGCCGGCGGAGGGCGAGGAGGGGCGGGUGCCGCCUGUGUUCUUGCUGCUCGACCCGACGCGGUGCGGGGAGCCGGGCGCGGACGCGUUCGUGUUCUCUACGAGCACGAGGAGGUACGAGUAUGGCGAGAGCCGGCCGAUCAUCGCUACGCUGGAGCCGCGGUGGAGGCAGAGCGACGUGGAGGGCGUGCAGAGCGUGAACUGCGUGCUGCCCUGCCGGUGGGUGCGGGCGGAGGGUGUCAUGCUGACGCCCGCCUCUGGCCAAGACGCGUUGUUCGCGACGCCCGCGGAGGGCAUCUCGAUCGACGUCUCGCAGGACGCGUGCAAGAGCGCGAGCGCGCUGCUCGUCUGCAAGGUCCCCCUCGGCGCGCAGGCCGGGCCCGAGUGGUCGAAGCUCGUGUACAAGGAGGUCGACAAGGUGCACGAGCGCGGGACGUUCCGCGCGCUGGCGUGGCUCACGGAGCGCAUCCGCAACAUCGACGGGCAGUUCGCCGACUGGCAGAUCGUGGACCACGAGCACAAGAAGGCCAUCGCAUGCCACCGCUGCGCGCCCGUCUCGCCUGCCAUCCGGUGGGCGAAGGGGAAGAAGGGGAAGAUCAUGGCGGUGGAGGACACGGUCCAGGCUGGGGAGUUCGAGAGGAGCCUCAAGCGGCGCCCGGCGCCGUUCGUCACGCAGCUCAAGCUCGACGAGAACGGGGUCGGGAUCGUCAGGAUCGGCGUGAACGUCACGUCGCUCAUGCACCGCGCGCUCUCGCGCCUCCCGACGCUCGGACGGACGGAGGCCCCGACGCUCGCGUGGCGGCUCAACACGGACUUCACCCCUGCCGUCAAGCUGUCCCUCCCCAAGUUCGUCCUCGCGAGCAACCGGCCCGACAAGGAGCACUCUCAGCCCCCGAGCUUCAAGCUCGACCUCCGUCCCGAGCAGCUUCGUUCCCUUACGUGGAUGCUCGCGCAGGAGGCGAAGACCGCCCCGCCGUUCAUCGAGGAGGAGAUCUCGGAAGCCAUCCUCGAGCCGCUUGGGUGGCGCGCGGAAGGCCGUGCGCAGCGCGCGCACCACGUCCGCGGAGGCGUGCUCGCCGACGAGGUCGGGUACGGCAAGACGGCGAUUUCGCUCGGGCUGAUCGACUGCGCAGCGGACGACGUCGAGCGCGAGUUCAAGCAGACGAGCAAGGGCGUGACGGGCCACAUCGCGACGAAGGCGACCAUCAUCAUCGUCCCGCCGCACCUGACGCGCCAGUGGGAGAGCGAGGUGCGCAAGUUCACGAAGGCGCGGUUCGAGGUCGUCACGCUCCACACCGCGAGCAACCUGAACUCGCUCAAGAUCCAGGACGUGGUCGACGCGGAUAUCGUCAUCGUCGCGUCGAACUUGUUCAGGAGCUCCGUCUACUUGGACAAUCUGGAGGCGGUCGCGGGCGCGGGCGAGCUCCCGGCGCAGGACGGACGGUUCUUCGACGCGCGUUUGGACAUCACGCUCGAGGGCCUCGAGAAGCAGGUUGAGAGGCUGCGGGACAGGGACCAGGGCGCGAAGGCCGUUAUGGAGCAAAUCAAGGAGGGCCGGAAGAUUGACGAGUCCGCGCAGCUCGUGUCGCAGACAAAGCGGCUUAAGGGCAAGUCCUACCGCGACGCCGCUGGAGACACCGAGGCGAAGCCGAAGAAGGGCUUCAAGGACGUCAAGAAGGAGUCGGCAUCGAAGGUGAAGAAGGAGCCGAAGGACGAGUCGCUCGACGCUUUUGUACCGGCGAAGAAGCCUGCCGCUAGUCCGAGGACUGGUUUGACUGUCGAGGUCGUGAUCCCUGUCCCUCCUAAGCGGCGUGCGUCCCCUGCAUUGAGCGUCGCCACCGCCCCACCUACGUCCGAGGCCGAGCCGGAUGACGAAGAAUCGGACGCUCCUCGCGCACGCCGCGCUGUCAAGCGCAAGGCCAUCGUCAUCUCCGACGACGAGGAUACCGAGGAAGACGUGCCCAAGAAGAAGGGUAAGGCUGCCGCGAAGAAACGCCCUGCAAAACGUUCCAAAGCUUCCGACGACUCCGACUUCGAAGUGUCGGCUUCCGGAGAGAACGAAUCCGAAGGUGAAGAGGAUGAUGCUUUCGAGGAGUCCGAUGACGAUGACGAGGAGGACGAGGAGGACGAGAAGCCGAAGAAGAGCAGGGUCAAGGCCAAGGCGGCCCCGAAGAAGCGUGCUCCUGCGAAGAAGCCCCGUUCAGCCCCCGCAACGUCCGAAUCCGAGGACGCGAUGGAGGUCGACGACACCGAGGAAGAGACGAAGCCGAGUGGGAAGGGCAAGAAGCAACCCGCCAAGCGUAAGACCGAGGCCAAGCCGGCGAAGGAGAAGAAGCGGCGCGAGGAUACCGACCCUUGGAAACUCAAGUCAUCGACGGUGCAAAGUAACUGGAAGAAGAUGCAGGCACCGCCACUCGAGAUGUUCCGCUUUGCUCGCAAGAUCGUCGACGAGUACACCUACCUGGAUGGGAAGGUGCUCUCGAUGGUCACGCGCUUGAGGGCGGAGAGGCACUGGGUCCUGUCAGGUACUCCCCCGAUUCACGACUUCGGCGCGCUGAAGACAAUUUCGGCCUUCUUGAACAUCCACCUCGGCAUCGACGACGACAAUGAGGGCCAAUCGUUGCAGGUAAAGAAGCGAAAGCGCGAACAGACUGCCGUCGAGAAGUUCCACUCUUUCCGCGAGGUACACAGUCUCGAAUGGCAUGCGCAUCGUCAUCAGCUUGGCCAAUGCUUCCUCGACCAGUUCGUCCGACAGAACGUUGCUGAGAUUGACGAAAUCUCAUGGGGCCAACAAAUACAGAAGGUUGUCCUCCCUGCCGCUGAGCGAGCAAUUUACCUUGAGCUCGAGCAUUACCUUCGCGCGAUCGAUAUGACCGUAAAGCGUGGCAGGAAGAGUGAGAGCGAUCGUGAGAAGCGUCUGGCGCAGGCCCUUGGCGAGAGCAGUACCGCUGAAGAAGCGCUCCUGAAGCGUUGUUCGCAUUUCGAGCUCGAAACGUCGGACAAGGAGAACGCGAUGAAAGCUUGCGAGGUCAUCGUCCAGGAGCGGAAGAAACAGCUGGAGGACUGUAAGAAGGAGCUCCUGAAGAAGCUCAACGACGCCGUGAAGAUGGAGAAGAAGAUCGGCAAGACCCCCGAUGAGUCGCUCUUCCGCGAGUACGUGCGCGUCACCCGGACCGAGGGCGUUGGCGACAAGGACGCGACCGAGACAGUUCAGGGUCUUCUCGACGAAGCGAACAUCGCCGGACCCCUAAAGCCCGUCACUAACAAGAUCAGCGACAAUCUCAAGAGGGGCGGGAAGAAAGAAGGUUCCGACCUUCCCAAGGCGAUCCAGGAUCUGAUCUGGGAGCACCGCGAGCAGACACACGAGAUCCGUCGUUUGACGAAGGAACUCGUCGGUCGCGUCCGCUCGCUUCGCUACUUCACCGUCGUUCGUGAUCUCCAAAAGCAGGCCGAUACUCCUCCGGUCGUUCACUGCCCGAGCUGCGGACGCGACGGAGUGCCUGUCGAGGAGAUUGCCGUACUCUCUUCUUGCGGUCACAUGGGCUGCUACACCUGCGUCAUGGCCUGCGCCGAACGGGAGGAAUGUGUUUACGCUGCGUCUGGUGCAUGCAGGGCGGCCGCUCGCGUACUCAACGUCGUCAAGGGCGACACCCUCGGCGUAGACGAUGAGGCCCGUGACGGUCGUGGCAAACACUACGGUCUCAAGCUUGAGAAGGUCAUGCACUUGAUCAAGAGCACCAUCCCCAAAGCCGAGCGCGUCCUGAUCUUCGUCCAAUUCCCCGAUCUCACCGCCAAAGUUGCCGAGGCUCUUGCCGCCAACAAGAUCGCGUUCCUCGAGAUCAAGGGCUCUGCCUCCAUGAAGAGCAAAAAUCUGGAGAAGUUCCAGAACGACAGCAAGGAGCGGGUGCUUCUGCUGAACGUUAUGGACGAGAGCGCCAGCGGCGCGAACCUGACGUCCGCUAAUCAUGCCAUCUUCCUCUCCCCCCUCCUUGCGCCAACUCAGGAGAUCUACGACGCAUGCGAGACGCAGGCCAUAGGACGUUUGCGGCGAUACGGCCAACUCAAGCACGUCAAUAUUUGGCGUUUCUUCAGUAUGAACACCAUCGAUGUAGAGAUUUUUGAGCAGCGUACGAAGCAGAAGGUGCAAUAGACUAUCCGAAGUUUGUUGUUGUGACAAUGUAUGUCUGGAGAUCUUUGCUGUAGAUUUUGUAUAUUACUGGGAGUGCUAUCUUAUGUAUCGGAUGUAAUGGGACUGGUUGCCGG